CCCCCGAAACCUGAAUAACGGCGAAGGAAAGGGAUAUUUCUCAUCUCCGCUUGUUUUUGUUGUUUUUUAAAAAAUAUAUAUAUACUAAAGGAUAAGAGAAGAAGAGAGAAAUCGAAACAUAUCUACUGGAUUGUUGCCAGUGGCGUUGUCGAAGAUGAUCCACAGUUUGUUCCUGGUGAACUCCUCGGGAGACAUCUUCCUGGAGAAGCACUGGAAGAGCGUGGUGAGCCGCUCGGUGUGCGAUUACUUUUUCGAGGCGCAGGAGCGAGCCAGCGAGCCGGAGAACGUUCCGCCGGUGAUCCCGACGCCGCACCACUACCUCAUCAACGUGCUCCGGCAUCGCAUCUACUUCGUGGCUGUGAUCCAGAGCGAGGUUCCUCCUCUGUUCGUCAUCGAGUUCCUGCAUCGUGUCGUCGACACUUUUCAGGACUAUUUCGGCGUGUGCUCCGAGGCGGCCGUCAAAGACAACGUGGUGGUGGUGUACGAGCUGCUGGAGGAGAUGCUGGAUAACGGCUUCCCCCUGGCCACCGAGUCCAACAUCCUGAAAGAGCUGAUUAAACCUCCGACCAUCCUGCGCACCGUCGUCAACACCAUCACAGGAAGCACUAAUGUCGGAGAGCAGCUCCCCACAGGUCAGCUCUCGGUGGUGCCAUGGAGACGCACCGGGGUCAAAUACACCAACAACGAGGCUUACUUCGAUGUGGUGGAGGAGAUCGACGCCAUCAUCGACAAGUCAGGUUCCACGAUCACGGCAGAGAUUCAGGGUGUUAUUGAUGCGUGCGUGAAGCUGACGGGAAUGCCGGAUCUCACGCUGUCGUUUAUGAAUCCCCGGCUGUUGGACGACGUGAGUUUCCACCCGUGCGUCCGCUUUAAACGUUGGGAGGCCGAGCGAAUUCUGUCCUUCAUCCCUCCGGACGGAAACUUCCGGCUGCUCUCCUACCACGUCAGCUCUCAGAAUCUGGUGGCCAUCCCGGUGUACGUCAAGCACAACAUCUCGUUCCGCGAGGGCAGCUCUCAGGGCCGCUUCGACCUGACGCUCGGCCCCAAACAGACCAUGGGGAAGGCCGUGGAGUCGGUGCUGGUGAGCAGUCAGCUCCCGCGCAGCGUCCUCAACGCCAGCCUCAACCCUUCACAGGGCACCUACACCUUCGACCCCGUCACCAAGCUCUUGACGUGGGACGUGGGGAAGAUCAACCCACAGAAGCUGCCCAGUCUGAAGGGCACCAUGUGUCUGCAGGCCGGAGCCUCCAAACCGGACGAGAACCCGACCAUCAACAUCCAGUUUAAGAUCCAGCAGAUGGCCAUCUCGGGCCUGAAGGUAAAUCGGUUGGACAUGUACGGCGAGAAAUACAAACCGUUCAAAGGCAUCAAGUACAUGACCAAGGCGGGGAAAUUCCAGGUGCGGACCUAGAGACUGACCUCUCCAGCUUCCAGACGACAGCGAACGCACGGCGGGACGUUACAGUGUGUGUGUGUGUGUGUGUGUGUGUGUGUGUGUGUGUGUGUGAAUCAGCAGGGGCUUGGAAACGAAGAAUACGAGCACAGGGUUGAUUUAAGUAGGAGCAUAUUUUUCAGGAUUUAAAGGAAUCCUUUGGCGGAAAAUGCUGAUAAUGCUAACGUCAUUCCUAUACGUGCAUCAUAGCAGCGUUAGCAUUCCUCAGGUAAAAGUUUUCCUCUAAACAUAGCAACUGUUUUCUCGUGGGGAUGAUGAAGGAAAUAUGCAAGCCGUGUGUGUGUGUGUGUGUGUGUAUACAGUCUGAAGAACACACUGAUCUUCCUAGCGUGUCGUUUAGCCUUACAUAGCUUUAAUUACAAGGUUUAUUAGAAAUCCGACGAAUUUCGCUCCGUCCUCGGACUUCCUAGGAAUUAUUGUCUUAAAGACGUCCCGCUCCUCUUUUACCGUGUCUUCGUCAGUUUAUUUAUUAUACAUGUCGUGGAAUUGUCUGUUCUUAUUUAUUUAUAAGCUAGAAUUAUUGAGGUACAACAUGGAAACGUAUAUGAAAACGAGAACACGGUUUAAAAUUUCGGGAAACAAAAUAGUAGUUGAUGGAUAUCUUGUGCAUGUGACCGUAACCCUGCGCUCCUAUUGGUCACGCACUUAGCGCUCCGUAUUACUAACGGCUUCACCGCUGAAACACUACCGUUACCAAGCCGACAUCGGUGCUGUAUCCUGACCCACGUUAUCCCCCAACAUACAGCUCCCAAACACAUCUGGACAGAUUCGACACACACACACACACACACACACACACACACACACAUGCAUAUUAGAUCCAGAAUGUGUGUCUGAGGGGAAGUUCUAUAACCACUGUUUCACUGACUGGUGAAUGUCCAAUCUAAGUUCAGGACCAAUUAAAUACACUCUGUUUGUUUGUCACUGGAUAUUGUUGCUGUUGUUGUUGUUUUGUUUGCCGUGUUUGUUUCUCCUUUUCCUGGUUUUACAGUGCUUUGCGAAAAUAAUUUUAAAAAAUGUUUAAAAGUCUGAACUUCCACAAAACAAAACAGAACAUGUCAUUGCUGUGUGCUUUAAAUAAACAAAAACUCCAAGCGCA